AUGGAUCCAGACCAGCAAAUACUUUGCAUGAUGGCCAUCGAAGGGCAGACGCUCCAUUGCAUGGGGCUGAAGAUCGACCUGGAAGUGGCGGCAGCGGUUAUCAAACAUCAUGGGAAGAUUUGGCUCCUGAUCCUCGUCCCCGAUCGCGAUCUCGUGGACGCAAGGAAGCACACUGUACAGAACGUAAAAGAUCUCGUACACCCCAUCGAUCUCAUCGUCGAAAGUCUGGAGGACACCGGAGCUCACAUCGGCGUGACCAAAGGACCGGAUGGCACACCGUUCGGUAGCUUACCCGAGUACAAAAGCAAAGGCGGCAUAGGCAUGGGUCUCGGGGAUCACAUCAUGGCCACCUAUAGGCACAUCAAAGCCGAGCAUGAAGCAGGCCACCGGACCAAAGGCGCAUUGGAGAACGCCAUUGACGGGAUGAGAAAGAAGAAGACGGAUGCGAAAGAUUAUAGCGACAGACUGCGAGAAGGCGAAAGGAAAGAGAGGGAGAAAAUACGAAAGAGCGAACCAGAGCGUGUCAGAUGGGCCGAACGGAAGCCUGAAAAGACGCGGGGCGAUGAAUCGAAACAAAAGGCUGCUGAAAAGGAAGCAAGAGAACGCCAUCGUCAUGAACAAGACGAGCGUCGCCGUCGCCGUGAAUACGAGAAACAACUUGAACACGAACAUCGUGAGAAUCGACGACAAGAGGAAGACAGGAAGAAGGAUCGUAGCUCGCCGAUUCCUGAGAUUCGUGUUCAGCCCCCUACGGCUAGUGGGACUCCCCGCGGUGAACAAGACGAGCUUCGUGAGAGGCAAAGGCAAGAUGAGAAGCUAAAGCAAAUUGAGGAACAAAGGCAGGAGGAGAAGCACUGGCAGGAUGAGAAGCGAAGGCAGGAUGAGGAACGAAGGCAAGAGGAAGACAGGAAGAAGAACCGUAGCUCGCCGGUUCCCAAGGUUCGUGCCCAGCCUCCUGCAUUUGGUGGAACUCACAUUCCCCAGUCAACUCCGGUGGCUCGCGAUUCUCAGGCCCCUACUGCUCCGAAAUAUGCUCCUCCACCGGCUCCAAGACGGCCGAGCAGACCUAUCCGGCCCAAUACUCCUCCCAAUCGUACACACCCAAUUGCUCCAGUAGCGCACGACUGGUAUGCGCAACCCCCUGCUCCGGAAGAGCAAGACUGCCUCCGGUGUCUGAACAUGGUGCAAGAGCAGGCUACUACGACCAAGCCCCAGGUUCGCCGAUGCCAGGGAGCUAUGGAAAUCAUCUCGACCAUGAUUAUCUGGAGCAUGGAGGGGAUGAUGAACAGCCCGUUCGUGAUGAAGUGCCGUACCUGGGCACACGCCCUUCCCCUGUAA